AGUGACACAGCUGCCUUACAGAACCAGAGGUGAAUUCAAGCAACCUGUGGAGUAUUCCUCGCUGACUUGGAAGAAGAGAUUUUGUCAAAGGACUGAACUGAGUAUCAGGAGCCAAGAUGAAAACCAUCAUCCACUCCUUCCUCUACUGCUGUCUGCUGGCUUCAGUAGCGCACUGUGUGGAACCGAAGGGGAAUCCUGAGUUGAAAAAAAGACUAAGCAUGUGGCUGGGGAGCAGAAUGAGACGGGAUCUUGAAAGUGUAGCAGUAGAGAAGACAGCAGAGUCCGAGCCCUUCAUCAGACCAGAGGAUAUCAGGGAUACACUGCUGCCACAUUCCAGCACUGACAACAACAUCCGAACCAAGAGGUCCAAGAACUCCAGCAGCCAGCCCAGACGGCAGGGCUGCUCGCUGGGUACCUGCACAGUUCAUGACCUGGCACACCGCCUGCAUGAGCUCAACUCCAAGGGGAGGAUCGUCAGCGCCCCUGUUGUCAAGAUCAGCCCUCAUGGAUACGGCCGGAGGCGCAGAUCGCUUCCAGAGCGACGCGUCACACUGAGGCUGGAGAAGGGCGAGCUGAGACCUGAGUGGAGCACAAACAACUCACAAGUACACAAGCUGGAGGCUCUCCUCAGAAGGACAUGAGAAGGAGUCUAGAAGAGGAGUUGGGAACAAAGACGAGGGAGGCGUUCUCCCCCAGCUUGUGUCCUCUCUGCUCCUUUCCUGAAUUCUCAAAAUGCCUCAGACCUCAAACUCUUGCCAAGCAUACUCCAGCACAUUUGUUCCAGGCAAGAGGACUGAGUCAGAGCUGAAGUGGCUGCAGCGGAGGCUCUGCAGGCUGAUCCCUGCAGCUCGGCGCCCGAGAGGCCGCAAAGAACCGCAGCUGGCUUAAAGACACUGGAGGGCACAGUGUGGAAUGGACUACAGGUGCUGUUCUCUGCUCGGCAGAGAGAACGGAGGAGUACUAAUACGCUGUCGAAAUGAACUCGUCCUCUAGCUUCACGAGGGAACUCUCCACUAAUACACUUUACACACCUAUUCCUCAAGGCCAAGACUAUCAUAAGUGCUAUCUUUGAAGGAUUAUACCGCCACGUAUAUCCACCAUCAAACUGUCAGAAACUGCCUGCACUUUUGUCUUUUGGACUUAAAUCGAAUCAUCAG